ACAUGGAUCUGCCUCAUAAUUUCUUCCUACUAGCAACAGCCCUCUUAGGAUUCAUUUCUGUAUGCAAAUUCUUUUUCCAUUUUUUCAACUGGAUAUGGAUCAUGUUCUUAAGACCACACAAAAAACUCAUAGACUAUGGUUCAUGGGCUAUAAUCACCGGCUCCACCGAUGGAAUAGGCAAAGCCAUGGCUUUUGAGUUUGCAUUAAAGGGACUCAACAUUCUCUUAGUUGGUAGAAGCCCUCUUAAGCUUGAGGCAACAUCAAAAGAGAUUAUAGAUAAAACUUUUGGAAAUGUUGAAGUCAAAUCUGUUGUUGUAGACUUGCAAAAUAAUAGUGGAGAGGAAAUAAUGAAUAAGGUUGAAGAAGCUAUAGAUGGUUUAGAUGUUGGAAUUUUAGUUAAUGGUGCUGGUGUGGCUUAUCCUUAUGCUAGAUUUUUUCAUGAGGUUGAUUUGGAUUUGAUGGAUACUAUUAUCAAAGUGAAUGUUGAAGGAACAACUUGGAUUACUAAAGCUGUGCUUCCUAGUAUGAUUAAGAACAAAAAAGGAGCUAUUAUUAACAUUGGUUCUGGUUCCACUGUUGUGAUUCCUUCAUAUCCUCUUGUCACACUUUAUGCAGCUUCAAAAGCAUAUCUUGCAAUGUUCUCUGCAUGCACUAAUUUGGAAUACAAGCAGCUAGGAAUCGACAUCCAGUGUCAGGUACCAUUAUUUGUGUCAACAAAAAUGACAAGGAUGAGGGCAUCACUUUUUGUUCCAACACCAGAUAAAUACAGCAAAGCAUGCACAAAAUGGAUUGGCUAUGAAAAAUUGGUUGUACCUUACCUCUUUCACAAUCUGCAGUCAUUUCUCAUAAGGAAAAUUCCUGAUGUAUUCUUGGAUUCCUACAUGUUGCGUAAUUUGCUUUACAUGCGUAAAAGAGGGCUCAUCAAGGACUCCCAAAUCAAAGGAUCAAAAGCAUCUAGUAAUUCUAAAACAAAUUAACAUUGCUGCAUGAUGCCAACUUUAGUUAUCAGUUCCUAGCUAAAUCACUGUGAAAGUGAGAAUGGUGAUGAUGUCUAAGUGAAUUAUAUGUAGUUUCCAUUUUUGUAUUUUCUAGAUUGAACUUUGGGUGGAUCAUUUGCCUAUUAGUUGCUACUGUUAUGGUUUAUUUAUUUUUGUUCUUAUUUGCUUUGUCAUCUUUGAGGUAGCAUUUGUCUUUUUCUAUCAGUAUAAAAUCUUAGUGUGGGUCAGUUGCUUCAUGUGAUGUUCUAAAAAACAGAAUCAGAAAUUGAAUAAGUGGAAACAUUUAUUUCA